AUGUCGCAGCCGGAUAUUGACUACUUGAUGGAACUCUGGGGUUUGUCCUUGAUGAAGCACGGUUCUCUUGGCCCAUUUGACAGCUAUGAUCACAUGUAUGCUGUCAUUGACGAGAUUGGAGAGGGCAGUGCACCAUGGAAGUGUUUUGUCAGUCAGGGCGAGGAGAAUCUCCCACCCAAUGCCCCUAACUGGCGCCGCGAGGAGUAUCAAAUUUGGUACCGUGACCCUCAGACUGUGAUCGCCAAUAUGCUCGACAAUCCUGACUUUACGGGAGAAUUCGAUGCAGCUCCUUAUAUCCACCUCGAUCCCAGCGACAAGCGGCGAUGGGGUGACUUCAUGUCGGGGAAUUACCCAUGGCGCCACUCUAAGACACAAAUUUUUGAGGAAGAUCCUUCGACAGAAGGUGCAAUGUACGUGCCGAUUAUCCUCGGGAGCGACAAGACCACUGUCUCAGUUGCCACGGGCAACGUGGAGUACCACCCGUUGUAUAUGUCUAUUGGAAACAUCCAUAGUUCAGUCCGCCGAGCGCAUCGUAAUGGUGUUGUGCCAAUCGGUUUUCUGGCCAUCCCGAAAUCCGAUCGAAAGUAUGAUAAAGACCCUGCAUUUCGUGCAUUCAAGCGCAAAUUGUAUCACCAGUCAAUUGCUUCGAUCCUUUCAACGCUAACGUCGGGCAUGUGUACACCCGAAGUCCGUCGGUGUCCUGAUGGUCAUUUUCGGCGUGUUGUAUAUGAUCUUGUGGCUUUCAUUGCGGAUUAUCCCGAGCAAGUCUUGCUUACUGGGAUCGUGCAAGGCUGGUGUGCGAGGUGUACAGCAUUUGCCUCUGACCUGGACGGUUCCGAAGCUUCAGGGCGACGAUCGAAAGACCUCACAAGUGACCUUAUUCAAGAAUUUCAAGGACAAGGUACUCUACUGUGGGACAACUACGGAAUCGAUGACGAAAUCAUUAUAAACAUCCAUGAAAUGAUAUCGUCGGAUCUGCUUCACCAGAUCAUCAAAGGCUCCUUCAAGGACCACCUCGUCACCUGGGUUGGAGAGUAUUUGGUCACAGAACAUGCCGAGAAGCGCGCCAACGAGAUCAUGGACGACAUAGAUCGACGAAUUGCCGCUGCUCCACCGUUUCCAGGCCUCAGGCGAUUCCCUCAUGGACGAUGUUUUAAGCAGUGGACAGGCGACGACUCUAAAGCACUGAUGAAGGUAUACCUCCCGGCAAUUGCUGAGUAUGUACCCGCGGAGAUGGUUCGGGCCCUUAGUGCAUUCCUUGACUUCUGCUACCUCAUGAGAAGAACCGAUUUCGAUGAAGAGACCCUCGCUGCUGUACAAAACUCCAUCCAGCGAUUUCAUUGCCACAGGGAGAUGGUGUGCGAGAAGACUUCUCUCUGCCUCGACAACACUCUGUCAUACACUACCCAGACCAUAUACGAGAAUUUGGAGCACCAAAUGCCGUGGCGUCGCUCGAGUCGGUACAAUGCGCUCAGCCAGAUGCUGCUGACCAAUCAACACCUUGACAAGUUAGCCGCUCUGCGCACACAUUUUGUCGAACGAGGUAUACUUGCGCCUGCCCGUCUGCCCCCUCCUACACCAUUCGACAAUGAUGAAGAGGAAGCGGGGCCUAUUAACGAUGACCGUGUUUUAGCGGAGGUCAUAUUGGCUCGAACAAGAGAGCGAUCCUACCCCCGUUAUCUAGAUGAACUUGCCGCAGAUAUCAGUCAACCCCAGCUUCCGGUGCUCACACGUCGAUUCCUGUACGACCAGAUUCACCGACACGAUCCGGAUGCAAUAUCAAGUAAUGUUGUCGAACUGGAUGACUGCCCGAUUGUCAUCAAUAAGAUCUCCGUUUUCCACUCUGCCGUCGCCAUUUUCUACGCACCCAGUGACAUUUUUGGUAUCCAUGGAAUGCGACUCUCGUACACAGGGAUUCGCCCAGAUGACAAUGUCCCUCCAUGGAUGGAGGAGGAAUACGAGGUUUGGUUUCAUUGUCCACAUGAGGUGGUACGAAACCAGUUAGCCAAUCCCGAUUUUGCGAUGGAGAUGGAUUAUGCACCCAAGUGUUUUUUUGACAAGGACAACCAGCAUGAGUAUAAGGACUUCAUGUCUGGAAAUUGGGUAUGGAAUCAAGCGGAUUUGAUAGCAGAAAAUCCAAGUACGCAUGGUGCGAUGUUCUGCCCCAUCAUUCUUGGCAGCGACAAGACUACGGUCUUGGUCGCCACUGGGCAGAAUGAAUACUACCCUCUUUACCUUUCAAAUGGGCUUGUGUUCAACAGCAUGCGACGUGCGCAAUGCAACGCUGUCUCUGUAGUUGCAUUUCUCACAAUCUCAAAGACCGAUCGCCAAUACCAGGAUGAUCCAAAGUUCCGCAAGUUCCGCCAUCAAUUAUUCCACUCCUCAUUAAACCAGAUUCUUCAGUCACUACUUCCAGAAAUGACAAGUCCUGAGGUCACACGCUGUGCGAAUGGACAUUACCGCAGGAUAGUAUACGGUUUAGGUCCAUAUAUUGCAAAUUACUCAGAGCAAGUCCUUCUGGCUUGCGUGGUGCAAGAAUGGUGUCCUCGAUGUACUUCACAUUCCGAGAACCUUGAUGCUGAUGCUCCACGACGCUCGCACACCCAUACGUCUGCCUUGCUCGAUGUGUUUGAUCUCAAGACACUUUGGGAUGAUUAUGGGGUGGUAGGUGACUUGGUGCAGGUUUUCUGUACAUUUAAGGACCAUCUCGUGACAUGGGUUGAAGAAUACCUUAUCAUUGUCCACGGGAAAGCCAGUGCGGCAUCGAUUAUGGCAGAUAUAGACCACCGCAUUGCUGCCGUCCCAAGUUUUCCCGCUCUGCGAUGGUUCCCUCAAGGCUGA